AUGAUGAAUUCGUUUCUGAUUAAUACUACCUUUUUAAACACUGUUUCUAAACUACGAAAACAUUUUGACAAUAUACAAGUUUCUGAAAUUCGAAUAACUCUUGAAUAUUACAAUAAAGAAGGUCAAAAUGUAGAUAUCUUUUUUGGUGAAGAUAUCACCACAAUUCUUAUAAAAAAAGCUCGGCUAUCUUUACUUCUAGAGGAUAUCAGAAUAAAGGAUAUUUCUAACCGUCUAUUAAAAGAAAUAGUGGGUGAUAAAUGGGAAGAUAGAGUUGUGUAUAUUCGAGAUAAGAUCCAAAAAUCUUAUCUUGACCAAAUCUCUCUUCUUGAAUAUUAUUAUUUUUUAGAUGAGUAUUUAGAAGUUAGAGGUGAGCAUUUAGAAGAGAGAAGGUGGAGUAGAAAUUCUCGGUGCUUUAUAAAAGAAAAAUUUUCUGAAGAAGCAUUUAAAUAUGUAUGGAAAUCUGCUAUGAGGGUCUAUAAGCUAUAUAAGGUCCGAGGAGUACAUAAUCUCCUCACAGUACAACAUACUACCACUAACACAUUAAAAAAAUUAUUAAUUAAUGAUUACUCAUUGCUUCUAUUAGAAGAACAUAAAGUUUAUGAAGAAGAACUGAGUAUGUUUUUAGGCCUUUUUACACCUUUUGCAGAGACACAGUUUUGUCUUAUAUCCUUUACAGAAGCACAGAUUUAG